UAUCUCUGCGUGAGCAUGCCAUGAACAAAAAGGCGUCUGCUAGAACUGUAAGCGCUCUACCGAGUCGAGGUUUUUUUGUAGCCCGCUACUCUCCCGUACGUUGCCGACGACACUCCGGUGAUAUUUUGCCCAAGGCCCGAUGUCCUGACUUUGUCUUUCUGAAGGUCAUAUUAAGUGUCAUUUGAGCUGCAAACAUGGCGAAUUUCGUGAAUAUUUUCGAGUCUGUGGGCGGUGUAUUUGGAGAGAUGACAUUGGCGACAAUGAUUCUUGUUUCAACGAUCUUUGUCCUUGGAAUUGCAUGGGCUUUUAAGAGUCUUCUUGGACCACAAAACAAGGACAUUAAACUCCCCCCUCGUCUGCCGACUGGUAUUCCAUUCCUUGGCCAAGCAGUGGCUUUCAAUCAGAGUCCUAUUGACUUUUUGGAGAAUGCCUAUGAAAAGUAUGGAGAUGUAUUCUCCUUCACAAUGGUCGGCAAGACCUUCACCUACCUGAUUGGAUCAGAGGCCAGUGCUCUCCUCUUCAACAGCAAGAAUGAGAACCUGAACGCGGAAGAAGUCUACAGCAAUCUGACCGUCCCUGUCUUCGGGAAAGGCGUGGCUUACGAUGUCCCCAAUCCAGUGUUCUUGGAGCAGAAGAAGAUGCUUAAGACUGGUCUCAACAUCCAGCAGUUCAAGAGACAUAUACCACUGAUAGAGGAGGAGACGAGGGAGUACUUCAACAGAUGGGGGAACAGCGGUGAAAAGAACCUCUUUGUUGCUUUAUCCGAGCUGAUCAUUCUGACUGCUAGCCGAUGUCUGCAUGGGAAGGAGAUCCGGAGUGUAUUGAACGAGGAAGUAGCUCAGCUGUAUGCGGAUCUUGAUGGUGGGUUCACCCAUCUUGCCUGGCUGGCUCCCAGCUGGAUACCAUUCCCAAGCUUUCUAAGGAGAGAUAGAGCUCAUAAGAAAAUUAAACAAAUAUUCUACAAGGCCAUCGCCAAACGACGUGAGACCGGAGUUGAAGACGACAUGCUUCAAACGCUGAUUGAGUCUCGUUACAAAUCAGGGCGCCCCCUAUCUGAUGACGAGAUCGCAGGGAUGUGUAUAGGUUUGCUCCUAGCUGGUCAGCAUACUUCAUCUACCACCAGUGCUUGGCUAGGAUUCUUUGUUGCUAGGGAUAAAGAACUUCAGGAACGCUGUAUAGCAGAGCAAACCAAAGUGUGUGGGGAUAUAUCAGCACCGGUCACAUACGAACAGCUGAAAGACAUGCAGUUACUGGACAACUGUGUCAAGGAGACACUGAGACUGAGACCACCAAUCAUGACCAUGAUGAGGGUUGCUAAAUCUUCCUUGACCUACAAGGGCAUGACCAUUCCUGCUGGCCAUCAGGUGUGUGUGUCACCAACGGUCAAUCAAAGAUUGAAGGACAACUGGAUGCCAGGACCUAAGGAUUUCAACCCAGACAGGUUCCUUGACGAGAGCAAAUCCAACAGCGAGAAGUUCUCCUACGUACCCUUCGGGGCUGGCCGUCAUCGAUGCAUCGGAGAGAACUUUGCCUACGUUCAAAUCAAGACCAUCUGGUCCGUCAUGCUGAGGAUAUUCGAGUUUGACCUGGUCGAUGGCUACUUCCCCGACAUCAACUACCAAACCAUGAUCCACACCCCUCUUAAUCCCAUAAUCCGGUAUAAACGCAGGGAGGAACUAUCGUGAGCAGGGGUGGAUUUGGAAGCCCGUUAUUGUGUCUAGCUCGUGCAUCAGUAUUGUUCUCGUGUCUGUUGUAGGGUGUGUUUUGAAUUGUGAAUGGAUGGUCUGUGAUAGCAUAGCUACUAAUUCGUGAAAGAAAUAGUAAGAAUGGAUGCUCUGUAACACUGUUAUGUCUUUUUCGCAAUUUUAACAAUGGAGGACAUGUUACCACCUGUAUUGUUGUAUUAAGAAAUGCCUAUUCAAACAAACAGUAUUUCCAUGGAUGUUUAAUUAUUCAUUGAUGGACAUUUUAUAAAUUAUUAUUUAUGCCACCACCCUCAAGGUUUCCGGAGUAUCCGAAUCAAUCAGUUCAUUCCCACAAGUUGAUUUUCUAGUAAAUCCACUGACUACUGAAUUCUGAAAUUCACAUAGACUUUGUAAAUGGACCAUUCUGAUUAAGUAAGCAUUUGGUUAAUAAUGAAACAGAGCUUGAUGUUGUGUAGUGUGUGAUAUACUACCUCAAUGAUGACGGCUCUCCCUCCUUUGCCUAUAUAGGAAAUAUAUAGGAAAAUGAGAUUUAUGUUCCCAGCAAUUACACACAUAUUAAUAUGUGGUGUAUGGUUAUUGUAUUUGACACUUCACUUUAUAAGUAUGCUAAUAGUUUCUGGGGUUUUUUUUGCAAAAUGUGGUAUGAAGAUAUAUAUGCACAUAUUAUGAACAUUGAAGUGAAGUUUAACCAUCCAUUUGCCCAUGAAUAUGAUUUACUAUUACAAAUCCUUGGCAGCUGCUGUAAUGAAAACUUGCACUGAAGGAAAGUCCUACCACAAUAGUAUAUAUUGGUGUUUUCUGUCUUUAAAGUGCACAAAUUAUAAUUAUCCCCCUCUCCCCCCCCCCCCCCCAAUAAAGGUGAAGUUAUGGAUGGGCGUUCCUUGAAUCAUGAAGGGAAUGUAUGCUGCUUUUGAGGUGAAACCCCAAAUCUAGGGACAAGCACUAAAAUAAAAGUUGAUAUAUCUACUAUACCUUGGCAAGAUUAUUCUAAGGGGGGGGGGGGGGUGAUCUUCCGAUGUAUUAUUAAUAUGCAGGGUCAUCAGGUAUUUCAAUCAAUUGCAGGAUUAUUUGUUUUUUCUUUGAAAUAUUGGCAUUUCAUAGAUUAAAUCAACUUGAAAAAUUAUUAUUUUCUGAAAGCUAGAUGGUUUUUACUUAUUCUUUGAAAAAGAGAUAAAGUUGUGCUCAAAAGUUAGUAAACCCCACCACAAAAUGCACACUUUCAUGCCGAAUGAAGACAACAGCACUACAAUGUUGGCAAGCCAGAGAAAUGAAGUUAUCGAAUGCAAUAUAUUCUAUCAGCCGACGUCACAAUUAUAUCUAAAACAAGGCAAAAUUAAGUGUCAUUUUAAUUUUCUGGUGGGGUAACUUUUGAGCACCACUGUGUAUGGUGGUAUGUUGCGUCAUAGCGAGAACCUGACCAAACUAUAUUUGGCAUCCAUGCACAAACAAAUACUACUUCAUAAACAUAAUUUCCAUUUUAUGUGUAUUUUUCCAGCACAUUCAUUUAUUUCAGGAAUGUUGUAUUUUAACAUUUCCACAUUUGUUUACUUUUUUUUCCCUGUAAACACAUUUUGUUUUAUAUCUUUGAAGGCACCAUAUAUAAUUAGACGUUCGUAUGAACGAGUGUCCAUAAGUGAAAAUAAAAUGACAUUAAACUACGAAUGCCUUUAGACUAGCAUAGCUACAACUUUACAAACAUGUAUUCAGGUGUGUGGGACUAAGUAAGUAAUUACUAUUUGAUUCCGGAUUUGUAAUACUAUAAAAAAAAAACUCCCUCCAAAUUUAUAAGACGUUAUCCGUACACCUCAUCUUGCGUAGUAAAAGGAAAA